ACUGUCAUUAAAUGUCAUGACCGAUUUAAUUGGAAAACGUAAACAAUUAAGCGAUGAAAUUCUUUUAUUUUUUCUUCAUUUUAAAUUGUCAUAAAGUCUAGUUUUGUUUUUAUUUUACCACAUAAAAUGGAUUUUACGUUAGACAAGAAACUGCAGGGAUUCCGGCAAAUUGCCCAAGAGAAGCUGCAGAAUAUUUUGUGUUCAAUUCCGGACAGUCAAAAAGAUAUAGUUAUCGAAACGUGCCUUAUUAAGCCAUUGGAACACAUUUGUGGAGCAUCUUGGUUACGCGCAAAUGGAGUUAAUAAGAUAUAUAAGUUUGAUUCGAAGAAUCCACCGCAGCGAAAAUCAACGAUUGUUUACUUCAUUUCAUCCAGUUUGAUAACGUUUAAAUAUAUUUUGGAUCAAAUCCACGCAAUAAAUGGUCAUCAGCAGACGGAAAAGCAAUUAUCGGACAUGGGAACAAAGCCAUUUCAUGUGAUAGUGUUGCCAACAGUACUGCAUAGUUUCGAAGUGGUGCUCGAAGAAGAAGGUCUUUUCGGUUAUGUGGAAAUGCAUCGAUUCAAUUGGGAUUUCAUUACAAUCGACAGCGGUGCAUUGAGCCUCGAAAUUCCACAACUGUUUCAAGAAGUGUUCAUUCGCGAGGAUACAAGUUUACUGCCAUCAAUAGCGCACAGUUUACGCAUUUUUAACAUGGUGUGUCGUCGUCCAUCGUUGUUGAUAACUUACGGGGAAAAUGCUGCCAAAGUGGCCAAUAUGAUCGAUCAAAUUGAAGGAUUUCGGAACGCACCACCCGAAGAGAAAUCCGAUUUUACUACCAUGAUCAUAAUGGACCGGAAUAAAGAUUACGCUUCGGCUCUGUUGACGCCAGUCGUCUAUUCAGGCCUUUUGCUCGAAAUAUUUCGCUCCGUUGCGGGCACACUACAAAUUGACGAACACAAAAAUCGUAUCCAAAGUGAAAGAUUGCACUUUUUGAAAAGUAAAUCGAAAAACGAAACGACAAAUGAAAAAGAAGCGGUUACAAAUCUUCGCUUGAUGGACUCCGUUGAUGGUAUUUACCAUGAAAAUCGAUACAAACACUUUAGCGAUGCAAUUAGUUUGCUCAGUUCACAGGCAAAGGCGCUGGGAAUGGAAGGUCGGAAUAUUCAAGGCAUGGAAAUUGGUGAGAUGAAUGAGUUUGUGAUGAAAAUAUUACCGAAAGUCACGUCACAAAAGAAAGAACUCUUUAAGCAUUUGAUAUUAUGUGAAAAUAUUGUCAAUGAACUUGGCGGCAAUUUCGAGCAAUUGCAAACAAUGGAAGAAUCGAUGCUCUACAAUCGGAAUAAAAAACAAACAUUUCAAAAAAUCCUAGAACUGCUCACCACCGAUGCGCAUCGAUACAAUUCGCUACGAUACAUUUGUCUUUUGCAUUUGACGUGCGGGCUAAAUGCAGACGAAGCUUCCACAUUCAUGACAAACUAUUUAAAUGCGUUUGGUUAUCAACAUUUACCAAUAUUUUCGCAUUUGGCCACCGCCAAACUAUUUCCAGAUCUUCCGAAUUUAGCGAAAACCAAAAUACUCAACAAUAUUUCGCUUAAAUGGCAAAAUGCAUUCCAAAUCGAGGCAAAUCGCAUGAAACUGUUGCCAACCAAUGCAAGUGUUGAUCAAGCAACCGAUGCUAAUUCAACGGAUCGUCGUGAUCCGGUCGAUGCAUCCUAUGUGUUCAAUGGAUCGUAUAUUCCAUUGAUCGCACAAUUGGCAAAUUUAUUGUGCAGCGCAUCAUCAGUUUUUGAUUUUGCCGAUAAAUUUGGCCACACCGAACAAAUCAUAUUCCAUCGCUGUUUUCAGCAAUCUAAGCUCAGCAUUCCAGGGAUAGUGGCUGGCGUGAAGAAGGGUGAAAUCCGAGACUUUUUCCCACUCAAGCCAAGAACGAUUUUCUGCUUUGUUAUCGGCGGCAUCACAUAUGCGGAACUGGCUGCAAUUAACUUCGUUGAAAAAAUGACCGGUUCGAAGAUUGUCGUUGCAUCCGACUGCAUUGCCUCAGGCAGUGAUUUUAUCGAGGCCGCUUUUUGUUGAACAAUUUGUUAUGAAUUUGAUUGAAAUAAAUUAUACAAAUGUUCUACCUAUGGAAGAAGCGACUCACCAAAUACCAUGACAACCGCACGAAUACUCUAUUAAAAUAUUCAUAAGCGUUCGCAACAAUAUUCAUGGCGCGGCAUUUGAAGAGUCGUUUCCUUCUUCUGGUUUUGAAAUCUCGUCCAUUCAGCUAUUAGGUUUUACUUAGCACUUAUUUUUUUUUGUAGCACAUUAGACAAUAUCUAUAUUGAUCAAAAGAGAAAUCCCUGUUUUUAAAACUCUGUUCAAAGUGCAAGAGAAUACUAUUUUAGAGAAGAGAAAAUGAUUGAAAAUCAUUUAUUUUUUAUAUCAUAAUAAAAUACUGUUGAUUAACAUCUUUUUGAGCAUUGAAUUUAUGCUCGUAUUCGCUUUGAAA